CCGGCCAUGGUCCUCGCCCUCCCGCCCACCCCGCCAGAGCUGAAGGCCAUCACACCAUACCUCCAGCGCGCAGAUGAGAUAUCCCCCAAGGACCCGGUCAUCGCUUACUGGUGCGCGUACUAUGCUGCUCAGCAGGGCAUUGCACUCAAGGUCAAAGACACCAAUGCUCGGCACUUCCUCUUUGAGCUCCUUGGUCUUUUGGAGAAGAUGAAGACGGACCUUGGAUCAAAUGAUGCCGUGCACGACGAGCCCGCGAGCGCGGCCUACAUCGAGAACUUUGCGCUACGCGUGUUCGCAGCUGCAGACAGUGAGGAUAGAAAGGGAAACGCCACUCGUAAUACCGCUAAGAAGUUCCACGCUGCCGCGAACUUCCUCGAGCUCCUUCGCGUAUUUGAGUCCGGCAAAGCCGGCAUUGACCUGCAGUCCAUCGAGGAGAAGAUCAAGUACUCGAAGUGGAAGGCUGCGGACAUCUCGAGAGCCUUCCGCGAGGGCCGCCAACCAGCUCCCGGACCAGCAGGCUCCGUAGUCGAAGAACAGCCCGUGUUCCCCGACGUCAACCUCCCCGACCCGCACGACGCGCCCGUCACCACUCCUCGUUCCGCGCAACCACAGCUUCCCUCAUCGUCCUCCCCUCCCGGGAUAACGCGGGCGAACCCUCCGCCGCCGCAGCUCACGAACCUUACUCCCGACGAACCCUCAACCCAUCUGAGCGCCCUCCCAGAUGGCCUCGCGCCUCCGCAGCCGCCGCAGAGCCCAGGGAGCUGGAGUACCGCAGCAACACCUGGUUCCCCGAGCUUCUUCGCCGAUGGGUCGACCUCGCCGACGAGUCCGGUAGGAAGCGGGCGACGCGCGGCGUAUGUGAGUGAAGAACUCGAAGGUCGCGACGACGACGAUAGAGGGGGCGAAACGCCCUCACCGACGUCUGCCGCCAAGUCGGUGCACUUUUCCCCAUCGGUCGUCGGCGGAGCGUCGAGCGCGGGCCCCCCAGAGCAAGACCCGUUCUCGGUGCAUGUGGUCGUGAAUAGCCCGCCUGCGAGCCCCUACACCGUUCCACCGCCGCUCUCCUCAUCCGCGUCCAAUUCCCCCGCAAUUGUGCCACCUCCCCUCCCUCAUCACGGGGCUGUGCCUACCGUUUCUCCGACGCGUACACAGCAGCAAUAUGUGGCACGGCCCUCUCUGCCCCUCGAAAGCCCAACGUUGGCGACGGUCACGACCACCCCUCCGGAACUCACGCCGCAGGUCGUCUCGCGCGUGCAGAAACACUGCCGCUACGCGAUCUCGGCGCUCGACUACGAGGACCCGGAGCAAGCUAUCAAGGAACUCCGGGCUGCGCUGCGCAUGCUCGGCGGGUGAAGGAGCGUGUGUGGCGUAUGAUGGACACGGAUAUGAAUGAGCGUUAUCUAUGCGUUGUGUACUGCUGUGUUACCGGAUGUAUCCCCCCGCGUGUGGUGUACCCUACUUCUCCUGAUAUAUAAUAUGUCUUCC